UUUGGUGCGUUGGAAUGCGUUGGAUUCAUUGCCUGUGAAGCAAUGCACUUUCUGUCAAAUACAGAAUGACAGUACAGCGUCUACUUAAAAAAUCAAACCAAAGCACCACUAGCUCUGUAACCGUACCGAGGUAACGAGAAAUCGAACGAGUGGAAACGUAAUUGUAUAUUAAAUUGUGAGGCAAUGACUUCGGCCGUUGUUCGUGUAAAGCGUCGCAUAACCGACGAACCAUUCGACAAAUUCGUUUUGAAUUGUAAACGUUUGAAAACCAGCCAUAAUUUACUAAGUGAUCCAACUGAUGCGAUCGCCGUCGCCACCACCACAGCCGAUGCUGUCGAAUCAACGAACGACACCAAAACCAUAUUAAAACUUGCGGCUACCGUUAGUGCUGAGGAUGAUUUACGGGCACAUUUGACGAAAUUGCGAAAAACUGAGGCUGAAGAAAUUGUGCGUAAAGUGCGAAAACCCGACCGUGUCAUCAAUAAAUUGCGUGAACAAUUCAAGGAUGACGCGCAAAAUCAACGAUUCAAAGUGGUCAAUUGCUUUCGAUCCAUCGACGAUACAAUCGGUUUGAAUGAAACGGCCGAAGGUAGUAGUACAACACAGAACGUUACCAUUGUUGAUGUAAUCAAAGAAGAUCAGACACAAACGUCGUCGCCGCCAGAGCCAAAUCAAUCGGGUGCCAGCACAACUACCGUCGAUCAAAGUGAUAGCAAAUUCGUUUACGAUUUGUAUUUAGUACAGAGCGGUGAACAACCAACUGAAAUCGAUAUAAGUAACUACACCAUUCGGCCUUUUGAUGACCUUGUCUAUCAAGCAAACGAUGACACACUCAAUGACAGCGACUUGGAUUCGGAAGAUUCAAACGAUGAAGCCCACUGGCGCAACGAAUAUCCCGACACAGAUGAUGGCCAUAGCAUUGGCGAAGAAGACAUGCGACGAGCCGUUGAAGAUCUGAAUUUUGACAGUGAUGCCGACAAUCUAUCGUCCGACGAUGAUGAUGAACGCAACUAUGUGGAUGAUCCGGUCGUGCAUUUCAUGGAUGAGAGCGAAGAUGAGGAAAAUGAAUAUGAUUAUUUCAAAAAGCACGGCCAACUUCGAAGCAAUGCCGCAUACUAUCGCACGAAUCGACACAAUCCACGAACACAUUUGGCCUCCGACGAAGAGUCCGACAUCGACGGUGAACCAUCGUCAAACAGUUCGAUAGCGUCAAGUGUCUCGCCAUUGGCUUCAUGUGAUGCAAACAGUGAUGAUAAUUAAAAAUUAAAAACACACACAACCAUUUAAUUCUCAAUAAAAUCCACAUUCAAUCUACAACAUUA